AUGAGUGCGGUGUUCGCCAGGCUGGACCCCCGGCGGGUCCAGUGGGGGGCGACGUGGUACGCGCUGCACUCUCGCGUCCUGCGUACCAAGCCUGUGGAGUCCAUGCUGGAUGGCGCCGGCACGGCCACGGGUGGGACCGGCCCCCACGGCACCAAGCUGGCCCGGGUGCUGACCACCGUCGACCUGGUGUCGCUGGGCGUGGGCAGCUGCGUGGGCACCGGCAUGUACGUGGUGUCCGGGCUGGUUGCCAAGGAGAUGGCGGGACCCGGGGUCAUCAUGUCCUUCAUCAUCGCGGCCGUGGCUUCCAUCCUGUCAGGAGUGUGCUACGCUGAGUUCGGAGUUCGCGUACCGAAGACCACGGGCUCGGCCUACACCUACAGCUACGUGACGGUGGGGGAGUUUGUGGCCUUCUUUAUCGGCUGGAACCUCAUCCUGGAGUACCUGAUCGGCACGGCCGCAGGGGCGAGCGCGCUCAGCAGCAUGUUCGACUCGCUGGCCAAUCACAGCAUCAGCCGCUUCAUGAUCAACAACAUCGGAACUCUCAACGGCCUGGGGAAGGGGGAGGAGUCGUACCCGGACCUCCUGGCCCUGGUUAUCGCUGUCCUGGUGACGGUGAUCGUGGCGCUUGGGGUGAAGAACUCUGUGGGCUUCAACAACGUGCUGAACGUCAUCAACCUGGUGGUGUGGGUCUUCAUGAUGAUCGCCGGCCUGUUCUUCGUCAGCGGCUCCAACUGGGACAACGGCAGGUUCCUCCCCUACGGCUGGUCUGGGGUCAUGCAAGGUGCAGCCACCUGCUUUUACGCCUUCAUCGGGUUUGACAUCAUCGCUACCACAGGUGAGGAGGCGAAGAGUCCCAACACCUCCAUCCCCUACGCCAUCACCGCCUCUCUGGUGACCUGCCUCACCGCCUACGUCUCUGUCAGCGUGAUCCUCACCCUCAUGGUCCCCUACAACGACAUCGACGGCGACGCCCCCCUCAUGGAGAUGUUUGCCGUGCACGGCUUCCAGGCGGCCAAGUACAUUGUGGCCAUCGGCUCCAUCGCCGGGCUGACCGUCAGCCUGCUGGGCUCCCUCUUCCCCAUGCCCAGGGUCAUCUACGCCAUGGCAGGGGACGGCCUGCUCUUCAGGUUCCUGGCCCAUGUGAGCCCCUACACGGAGACGCCGGCGGUGGCCUGCGUGGUGUCGGGUUUCCUGGCGUCGCUGCUGGCCCUGCUGGUCAGCCUGCGCGACCUGAUCGAGAUGAUGUCCAUCGGCACGCUGCUGGCCUACACGCUGGUGUCCGUCUGCGUCCUCCUGCUGCGCUACCAGCCCGACAGCGACGUCCACGGCUUCGUCGACUUCCUGUCGGAGGAGAGCGCCAAGCGGAAGGAGGGCGUGCUGGCCGAGUGCGAGAAGGAGGCGUGCUCGCCCGCCAGCGAGGGCGAGGACUACGGCGGCCCGCCCACCAACACCUGCGGCGCCAAGAACCUGCCGUCGCUCAGCGACAACGAGAUGCUGAUCGGCAAGCCCGACAAGUCGGCCUACGCCGCCGGCCACCCCAACUACGGCACGGUGGAGAUGGGCUCGGGCAUCGAGGCGGAGGAGUCGGACAGCGCCCACGUGAUCCGGCUGAAGAAGCUCCUGGGCCCGCGCUACUAUACCCUGCGCAUCCGCCUGGGCCUGCCCGCCAAGAUGGACCGGCCCACCGCCGCCACCGGCCGCACCGUCACCACCUGCGUGCUGCUGCUCUUCGUCCUCGUCUUCCUCUUCUGCGCCUUCGUCAUCUUCGGCUCCGAGCACAUCUCGGGCAGCCGCUGGUGGGCCGUGCUGCUGGUGGCGCUGAUGGCGGUCCUCAUGGCCGCCUUGGUCUUCGUCAUCCUCCAGCAGCCCGAGAACCCGAAGAAGCUGCCCUACAUGGCGCCCUGCGUGCCUUUCGUCCCCGCCUCCGCCAUGCUGGUCAACGUCUACCUCAUGCUCAAGCUCUCCAGCAUCACCUGGAUCCGAUUUGCCGUCUGGUGCUUCGUGGGCCUGCUGAUCUACUUCGGUUAUGGGAUGUGGAACAGCACCUUGGAGAUUACUGCCAGGGAGGAAGAGGCUCACGCUAGCACCUACCAGCGCUACGACACGGGCGUGGACGAUAGCUUCGCCAUGGAUGACGACCUCUACCCGCAGGACGACGGGGGGCAGUACCAGGGCUGGAACGCCCCCGAGGAGAGGGGCUACCAGUACCAGAACCAGUACCAGAACCAGUACCAGCAGCCCGAUGCAACGGACGACAAGCGAACAUCUUCCCAAAGCAGGAGACCCAAAAGCAAAGGAAAAUCCAGCAAGGGCUUUGAGACCCUGAUAGCGGACGAUGAGAUGGACUACGCACCAGAAUGA